AUUAGAGCCAUUUUUAUAUAUAAUUUUCUUCACAGCCUCAUGACUCGAAUACAGGCAUGCUAGUGUCUUUUUUAUACCCCAAAAGAAGUGGCUUUUUCAUGGCUCCUGACACAGUUUCGGUGAAUGGGAUUCCCGCAUGGACAGAGAGAGAUAAGAGAGAAACGAGAAAAGUGGUUGCAACUUGAAGAACAAACAACUUAAACAAAACAAACCCAAUUGAGAUUUUGUCAUCCCAAAGGCACUCUCAGUCACCAUAAGCAGCUUUCAGCUUCCGGGUUAUGCUUGUGCCAUUUGAAGCAAUGGGAAUGGGGAUGGGAAUGAGAAUGAGAGGAACAAACGCUGCUCUCUGUUUUCUGGCAUUUCUAUGGUCUUUCACAUGUGUGAAUGGGUUGCUUUCUCCCAAAGGUGUAAACUUCGAGGUGCAAGCUUUAAUGGGCAUCAAGGGCUCUCUGGUGGAUCCUCAUGGAGUUUUAGAUAACUGGGAUGAUGAUUCUGUUGAUCCAUGUAGCUGGACUAUGGUCACUUGCUCUCCUGAAAGCCUAGUUAUUGGCCUAGGGACUCCAAGCCAAAGUUUAUCAGGCACUCUUUCUCCGAGCAUAGGCAACUUAACAAAUCUUCAGAUUGUGCUAUUACAGAACAACAACAUAACGGGAGUGCUCCCUUCGGAGAUUGAGAAGCUCUCAAAGCUUCAUACACUUGAUGUUUCUAAUAACAUGUUUACUGGGGCAAUUCCUUCCUCUUUAGGUCACCUGAGAAGCCUCCAAUACUUGAGGCUCAACAAUAACAGUCUCAGUGGAGCAUUUCCGGUUUCGUUGGCUAACAUGAGCCAGCUUGCCUUUCUAGACCUGUCCUACAAUAACCUGAGUGGCCCUGUACCUAGAUUUGCUGCUAAAACAUUCAACAUAAUUGGAAAUCCUCUGAUCUGCAACGGGUCUGAAGCAGAAUGCAAUGGGACGACACUGUUGCCAAUGUCGAUGAACUUGAAUACUACACAAACUGCUCUUCCCGGGGGACCUAAAAGUCACAAAAUAGCACUUGCAUUUGGUUUGAGCCUAGGGUGCCUCUGCCUGAUUGUUCUUGGAUUUGGAGCAGUUAUAUGGUGGAGGCAAAGGCGCAACCAGCAGGCAUUCUUCGGUGUUAAAGACCGGCAUCAUGAGGAAAUUUCCCUUGGGAACCUGAAGAGAUUCCAGUUCAGAGAACUUCAGAAUGCAACACACAACUUCAGCAGCAAGAACAUACUAGGAAAAGGUGGAUUUGGACAUGUCUACAAAGGAACUCUCCAAGAUGGGACUUUUAUAGCGGUCAAGCGGCUUAAAGAUGGCAGUGCACUUGGUGGAGAGAUUCAAUUCCAGACCGAAGUUGAAAUGAUCAGCCUAGCAGUUCAUCGCAACCUUCUCAGGCUAUACGGCUUUUGCAUCACACCAACCGAAAGACUUCUAGUUUAUCCAUACAUGUCCAAUGGCAGCGUUGCUUCCCGUCUCAAAGGGAAACCGGUCUUGGAUUGGGGCACUAGGAAGCGGAUUGCCUUGGGAGCUGGAAGAGGAUUGUUGUACCUUCAUGAGCAGUGUGAUCCGAAAAUAAUCCAUAGGGAUGUGAAGGCUGCAAAUAUACUUCUUGAUGACUACUGUGAAGCUGUGGUGGGAGAUUUCGGGUUGGCAAAGCUUCUGGAUCACCAGGACUCACAUGUCACCACAGCUGUUAGGGGUACUGUGGGGCAUAUAGCCCCUGAGUACCUCUCCACCGGCCAGUCCUCUGAGAAAACUGAUGUUUUCGGAUUUGGGAUCCUUCUACUUGAACUAAUCACAGGCCAGAGAGCACUGGAAUUUGGCAAGGCAUCUAACCAGAAAGGAGCAAUACUUGAUUGGGUUAAAAGGAUUCAUCAGGAAAAGAAGCUUGAGAUGCUUGUGGACAAGGAUCUGAAAACCAACUAUGACAGGAUUGAGCUUGAGGAAAUGGUUCAAGUGGCACUCUUGUGCACACAGUACCUUCCCAGCCACAGACCGAAAAUGUCUGAAGUGGUAAGGAUGCUUGAAGGUGAUGGACUUGUGGAAAGAUGGGAAGCCUCUCAGAAAGCAGAAUCAACAAAGUCCAAAGCCCCCGAGUUCUCGUCCUCGGACAGAUACUCCGAUCUCACUGACGACUCUUCGCUACUAGUACAAGCAAUGGAACUCUCCGGUCCACGGUGAUUUCCAACUUGAAAAUUUUCUGCUUCAAAAGAAAGCAUAUCAUAGCAAGAAGUUAUAGUUGAAGGCUUGAAGCUAUUAGGUUACAUGAAGAUUAUAAGUUUAUGUUGUAUAUUAGCAGUUUGCCAGAGCUCCGAAAAUUUUGAUGUUUUCUUUCCAAUUGUACAGAUUCUUCUUCAAUAAAUUGACAAUCUUAGAAUCAUAGUU